GGGGUGUUUGCUCCUCAGCACGCCGACUUUCUCCAGCAUGGAGCAGCCACACAGUGAAGGAGGAGAGCCGUGCAGAAGCUGCGCAGCACCGCCCCCCAGCGCCUCUGCAGAGUUUCCGCUUGACACCCACGGCAGCCUGAUGGGAUGCAUGCGGAAUGUUUGAGGCGGGCUCUUUUGGAGGACCCAGGUGUUGGGACUUCGUCCAGCAGCAGGGCUUAUCGCUACAGUGUUACAACACAUCAGCAUUACCUGGCGCUGAGCCACUUUGGACGCAGAGGUCGACGGGCACGGCUCUCUCACUCUCUUUCGCUCUGCUGAUGAGUGGAGAAGACUCCUACACGGAAGUUGUUGUUGUCGGAUGGCAUCUCUUUCCCAGAAGUUUACAAUGAUGACGGGCAUCUUUCUGCUCCUUCUCGCUGUCUUCACCUGUGGACUCGCGCAGGUAGACCACGAUGACGCCCCCGAGGAGCUGCAGGUGGAGACCUUGGUGAAACCCGAAACUUGCUCCAUGCUUUCCAGAAUGGGAGACACGCUGCAGAUCCACUACACGGGUAAACUGAUGGAUGGAAAGGUGAUUGACACAUCUCUAUCCCGGGAUCCUCUUGUUGUCGAGCUGGGGAAGAGGACAGUCAUCGCUGGUUUGGAGCAAAGCUUGAUUGGCAUCUGUGAAGGGCAGAAAAUCAAAGCCACUAUUCCCUCUCACCUCGCAUAUGGAAAGAAAGGUUACCCUCCAACAAUUCCAGGUAAUGCUGCUCUGGAGUUCGAGGUGGAGGUGAUUUCACUCUCACAGCAGACGCAGUGGCAGAGGAUGGUCAACGAUGUGUUCCCCCUGGUGUGUUUGGCCCUGGUGCCCACUCUGCUGGGCUUGGUGGGACUUUACCUCUACAAAAAGGCCAGUGCCCAGAAGGCUAGCAAAAAGAAGGCCAAGGAUAAGAAGAGCAAGAAGAAAUAAGGACAAAUCACUGAACUAUUUAAAUAAAUGUUUUUUUAAUUGAA